GAGGACUUGAGACUAAUUACAGAUAAUCAAGAGAAGAUGCCUUCUGCAUCCUGUGAUACACUACUGGAUGACAUAGAAGAUAUUGUGUCACAGGAAGAUUCAAAACCACAAGAUAGGCAUUUUGCAAGAAAGCAUGUUGUUCCAAAGGUGCGAAGACGAAAUACCCAAAAAUAUUUGCAAGAGGAAAACAGUCCGCCAAGUGAUAGUACUAUUCCAGGCAUACAGAAAAUUUGGAUACGAACAUGGGGUUGUUCUCAUAAUAAUUCAGAUGGAGAAUAUAUGGCUGGACAGCUAGCUGCUUAUGGCUAUAAAAUUACAGAAAAUGCAUCAGAUGCAGAUUUAUGGCUCCUGAACAGUUGCACUGUAAAAAACCCAGCUGAAGACCACUUUAGAAACUCAAUUAAAAAAGCUCAAGAGGAGAACAAGAAAGUAGUGCUAGCUGGAUGUGUUCCUCAAGCUCAGCCUCACCAGGACUAUCUUAAAGGAUUGAGUAUCAUCGGGGUUCAACAAAUAGAUCGUGUGGUAGAAGUAGUGGAGGAAACAAUUAAAGUUGUGCAGUGUACCAUUUGCUUUGCUGGUACUCUGAUUGAUAAGUUAGCCAUGGUGAAGCAAGGCCCUGCUCAGAAGGACCAGCUGGAAUACAGCCUGACAAGAGGACUUCGUCAUAACUGUCUUGUCUCCAUAUUUGAUCCCUAUUGGGCCUCUUCAUAUCUCUUCCUUGAUGGGGGUCUGGACAUGCAGCCUUUGCCACAGCUUAUAUGCAUUCUUAUUACUGCUUAUGUUACACCAAGUAGCGUUUUAAAAACUGUAUUAAUAGGAUACAUUGAUACUGAAAGGAUUUAA